AGGAGGAGAACCACUGCAACACGGUGCCUCCCACCCCCAAUCCCUCUAGCCGGUGCAGCAUGAUACCAUGGUCGAUGGUAUCAAAAGCCGCUGAGAGCUCUAAUAGGACCAGAACAGAGGAGCAACCCCUGUCCCGAGCCCUCCAGAGAUCAUCAAACAAUGCGACCAAUGCCGUUUCCGUGCUGUACCCAGGCCUGAAGCCGGACUGGCACGGGUCUAGAUAGACGGUUUCAUCCAGGUACUGCAGGAGCUGUUGCGCAACCACACUCUCCACAACCUUCGCAACAAAGCAGGUUUUCAGGGUUCAUCCUAAGGACCAAUUCAUUUGGCACCAAUGACAUUGAGCAAAGGUUCUUCUGUGGGUCUCCAGUGGUAAAGGUGCAGGGAUGUAACUGACAGUUUUUCUCCCAUCCCUCAGUCCCUGCUAGAACUUGGGCAGCCCCCCUUUCCCACACACAUUGGCUGAGUCCCUGUGAGGCAAGUCGAGCAGAGAGAGAGUGACUGAACCAAGGUCACCCUUUCAUGGCUAAAGUGGGACUUGAACUCACACAGUCUCUUGCUAUCUUGUCUGGUGACUGGCUCCCACCAUCUUCGUUUCCCACAUCUGGAUGCGUCUGUCGGUGUCCUUCCUACAAUCCAUUGCUGGAUGCAUAUUCCAGGAAGAAUGACUUCUCUGGUCUUGGCCCUUUUCCACUCAUAUCUCUGGCUUGAUGCAGAACAUUUGAUGUACCUGUGUAGUGGUCCUACAGCCCUGCAAGGACCUUUCAAGUCAGAAUGUAUUGCAUUUCUUCCCUGAAAUCACCUGCUUAAUUAUUUCAUGGUUUUGCUCAGUGUCAGCUUUAGGCUGACAGACACAUAUUUAUCUCUUGUCCCUUUUUUGGAAAAUACAGUAGGAGCAAUAUUUGCCCAUUUCUAAUUCUCCCGUUAUUUGUUUCUAUCCUAUCAGUUUUUCCAAGCAGUAGAUCUUCCCCUAUUUCAUAUAUACAUCUUUUUUAAAAAAAAAAAAAAGCUUCGUCUGUAACCAUCUUUUUUUUUAAGUCCGCUCCUUUUUUUAUAUAAACUUGGUGCAUGGGGCCAAAGAUAGAGGAUACUUUUGUUUUUUCAUUAAAGUAAAGCUCUUCACUAAAGAGCAAAGUUUACCAAGGGGCAUACGGUAACAUUUACUUAAAAGAAUGAAAUGUUAAUGUAACAAUAAUACAUUGAAAAAGAGAGUCUCCCUUACUCACUCUUGAUCAUACUGCCAAAAUUUGGCCAUAAAGCCACCCUCUCAGCUAAUUUUGCCUGUGAUUUGUGGGGGAAAGACUGUAUCCAUCGUCCCCUCCCGAAUCAGCUGCCCCACUAGAUUCCCUGUAGCUCAUGGGUGCUGAAAAAUGCAUGACAUGAGCACCCAGAAGUUGGCGUCUUCAAACCUGGAGCAGCAGUGCAGAAUCUGUGGCAACUCCGUCGGUAACUGGGCCGUCCCAACUUCCCAAAGCAGCCCCUGUUCAAUGUAUUUCAUGUGCUGGAGAAGGAAGGCCCUCCGUGGUGCUUUCGAGGAAGCAGGUCGAGCUCCACCUUUUGGCUCCUAAAUCAGAGCUUCUUCUCUUACAUAAUUUCUAGGGUGAAUGUUACAUCCUGGAACUGAAAUCAAGUGACACAAGUUUUUAUUUCCACAUAAUUCCAUCUAGAUAUUGUACAGUAAAGGUGGUAUCUGUGUCCGUUUUUCCUCCUUGGAUACAGAUGGGGGAGGGAACAUAUACGUCAAAUUUGUGCUUAAGUGGCUUGGACAGAUGUUGGCAUUUGCUUGUUCCAGGAUUCCCUCCCAGCCCAAGUGUUUCAAUCCGGCCUCGCCACCCGGUUUCCACUUCCCCAGCUGUUGGCCUGCAGGGUUGGCCAGCCUUGGAGGCAAGGUAGAAAAAAGAAAAAUCUGGAUCCACGGCUGGGAAUUCCUCCUGACAGCAAACAUGUCUGAUUCCCAGUAUUUUAAGAAAAGCAGCUAAAAAUAUUGUUCACCCACCUUUCUUAAGAGACUUAGACUCUAAUCUCUUUCCACCUCCCAUCUUUCUUGAGAGGCAGCUCUUUUUCUGACCUGUUACUUUUAAAACGAGGGCAGCCUUCAAAAGCCCCUCUGCUCUCUCUCGGCCCCGUGGCUCUGAGCUGCAGCGUAAUGUGAAGAUGUAGCCGCCACAGAGCCCCCCCCCCACACACACACACACUCCAAGGCCCUGUCGCCCAGAGCUCUAGCUGGCCUUCACCAUCUCCUGGGGGAGUUGAAGGUCAUAAGUGCGAAUGGGCUGCCAAGUGCCCAGAUUUUGAUCAGAUGACUUGGGGGAGUGCUGCAAUGCAAGUCACUUUGUUCAGCGCCAUCGUGGCUUUGAACUAUUGCUGAACAAAUCGUCAUAAUCCGAGGGGUACCUGCAGCCGCCCGUUGGCCCCUGUCUGAUGAUCUUUGCUCAUCUCAUUUUAUUCCUUACUCUCAAGUAGCAUCCAUUUAACUUGAAAGUGUUAUUUGUUGUCCCUGCUUGCUUUUUAUUAGAUAAUUUCUUGUGGAUGUUUUUAUCAUGGUUUUCAUUCUUUAAAUUUUGCACUAGUUUUUUUUUUUUUUUUUUUUUUUUUUGGUGCUUAAAGUGAUAUACACGUGAAAGGCAAGAUACCAGUUUCUGCAUAUUUAUGUGUUGCCCAUAUCACACUAGAAAGCGGCUGUGGGUAGCUAAAUGUAUUUAUAUUAUAUUUAUAUAUUAUAUAUUAUCUUUAUAUAUAAAUAAAAAAUUGGACAUUUCAUGUAAUUGACAAUGGAAUGUCAACAGUUGCAAAAUCUUUUCUUAGCUUUUGUGCACUCAUGAUGCGAUGGGCAUCUAUUCGUCCAAGGCAUACAUAUUUUGCAUAAACUACAUCAGGAAUAAUUUCAGUUAUAUUGAUGACUUACAUGCUGAAUGUUCUAGAAAACGCUUUUUUAACCUGGCAGUUGUUCGGUGAUUCCAUUUUUCAAUUGAAUGCAUUGCAGUCAUCAGGAACUUGCUAAUAGUUGAAAGGUUGAGGAGGCAGAUAAAACACAACGGGCUCUCUGGUACAAUGCUGUUUCCCAGGAGAGGAUUAUGCAUGAAUCGAUUGAAGGGGGGUUGGGGGGUGGCAAGAGCUGGCCAUGUUUUAUGAAUGAGUUUGCAGAAAACAAGAUGUUUCAUUAAGGAUGUUUGGGCUGAAACUCAGGGAAACAGUUUCUAUUGUUCUGAAACAUUAACAAAGUCAGUUAGUUAGUGUUGUGCUCAGAUUCUGAAAGUUGGAGGAGCGAAAAGUUGCCCAAAGACCCUGGAAGAAUUGUUAGUAUUAUUAAGACACCAAUUAGGGACAAGGGGUUGAACUGAACGAGGGAUCAGUGCUUAUUCUGUAGGAAUGAGCCCCAGUCCAAACGCAAGGUAAUAUUUCCUUGGUGAUUGUCUAUAAAUCAAAAAUGGUAUUUUCAUUUUGGGAAGUUGUUUGCCCAGAAUUUUAAAAUCUUCCUUCUGAAUGUAAAAACUAGGUAAUUUAAUACCAACGUUUUAAUCCAUUUGCUGCCAUGUGAUGAUGUGAGUUCUCCUUUGCUGGAGGUCUUCAGAAAGGUCAGGGCCAUUAGGCAAUCAUCUGCCAAAGAUCCUUCCAGUGAAUCUUGUUUGAGCAGAGGGUAGAGGAUGGAUUACGUGACCUCUGUUGCCCUUCCAAUUUGGUCAUUCCGUUCUUCUCUUUAUAGCUAAAAGGGCUUUCUUUCUAAUCCCAGUUUUGCAAUAUGAGAGAUUACAUUCUAAUGUACAUGUGGCAAGAAAAUAUAUUAGGAAGAGAACUAACGGAUUAUCCUCUCUACCUCUGGUAAUACUAGAACGUAGAUUUUGCCUGUUUCCAGACAGAUGAAAUAAAUCCAUAAAUAAUGUAGUACCAUCUUCUGAUUUUUCAGUAGGUUACAGCUGUAAGAUUUCCUGGUGUCCUCCCAUCCAUAUCCUAACUAGAUGUGUGCCUACCGAGCUUUUGAGAUCAGCCAAGAUAGCCUAACAAACCACAUGUGCAUAAGACAAAAUCUCUGGGUAUCCCCCUCAGUGUCAUUGAUACGCAAAUUCUGUUCUGAGCAGAUGCGAAGAUAAAUACUGUAUUUAUCCAAAAGGAGAGAACCCCAAAUUUAAGGUGCCCCCCAAAGGAAAAGUAAAUAGAAAAAAGCUAAUCAGAAGACAUUCCUGUCCAAUGUCCAGCUUCCUUGUCAACUUAGGACAGCCAACUCCAGUGAAAGGGCGGCAUGGAGUUCCCAUAUGAAGCCACUCCCAAUGUCCUCCCAAUGCCAAGAAAAAAAUAAAUAAAAGCAAUAGCUGGCAAGAAAAUUACUUGCUUCUGAAAUAAGCUACUCCUUGGCAACAAUAACUGGUUCCCAUUUGAGUUUAACAAGCAUGGUCACUCAUGCACAGAAGCACGUAAGUAUGAGCAUGUUAAUACCCACUCGCUGCCUCCAACAGAGCAGGAAAAGAUGGAGAGAAAAGGAUGGGAAAGAGGAAAAGGCUGAAGAAAUUAGAAGUGUACCACAGGGGUUAGAGGCAUUUGCACCCCACGGCUCUUCUGUUGGAAUGUCAUGUUGUCCUAUAAAUAAGAGACCUGCAGAUUUCUAGUGGGGAGGGGUAUCUGCAGACCAUUAACAAGGUCUAACAUGCCUUCUUUUUUUUUUUUUUCUCCAAAGGUAUUUGUAUCAAGUGUGGAAAGGGGGUAUAUGGGGCCAGCCAAGCUUGCCAGGCCAUGGGGAACCUUUACCAUACCAACUGCUUUACAUGCUGCUCUUGUGGGAGAAGAUUACGGGGGAAAGCCUUCUACAAUGUUAAUGGAAAGGUCUACUGUGAAGAAGACUUCCUAUAUUCGGGGUUUCAGCAGACGGCAGACAAGUGCUUCAUUUGUGGCCAUCUCAUCAUGGAAAUGAUUUUGCAAGCUCUCGGGAAGUCCUACCAUCCUGGCUGUUUCCGCUGUGUGGUGUGCAAUGAAUGUCUGGAUGGCAUACCCUUCACUGUGGAUAUGGAGAACAAUAUUUACUGUGUCAAAGACUACCACACGGUUUUUGCACCCAAGUGUGCUUCCUGUAACCAGCCUAUUUUGCCAGUCCAGGGUUCCGAGGAGACCAUCCGGGUGGUGUCAAUGGACAGGGAUUACCAUGUGGAGUGUUACCACUGCGAGGAUUGUGGACUCCAGCUGAAUGACGAGGAGGGCCGCCGAUGCUAUCCACUGGAGAGACACCUGCUCUGCCACACCUGUCAUAUCAGGCGCUUGAGCACUAAAGUGUCAGUACACUCUCCCUCUGGGUACCCCAUGCAUAUCACGGAGCUCUGAGGCUUCUGCUUCCCAUCUGCUCAAGGCCAGGAGGAAUACCCCUGCUGGGAAAAGGGCUCAACAAAAGACUCUCUAGAAAGACAAAGCAGCCGCCAUUAUUUAUUGCUUCUAAGAUUGGAAAGGAAGGGGCACCUCUUGGGUUGCCUCUGGGUACAAUUUCCAUGAUGCUGGUACUUGAAAAGUUGUGCACCCCGUGGAUUGGAUGGGGAAAGGGCAUGAUGUCAGAGCUGUUGGGAUGACUGGCCACCCAUUAAUACUGGCUUGUUGCUAUUUUUAUGGUUGAUUGUUUGAGCUCCCAGAAGAAACUAGCUUUCCAACAGGAAAGAGACCAAAAGACUUUCGCCAUGUUUUAGGUCUUCUUGCACCCUGACCUUGUGAUUCUCACAAUUUGAGAGGCACAGUGGUUGUUGCAUGCAUCAAAAGAGUGAUGGCCAAAUUGAAUGUGAUUUAAAAAAGGAACCACUUUGUAGGGGAUACCUGUGGGCGUUCCAGCUUGGCCUUUUGUUGGGUUUUGUUGAGUACACAAGACACCAUGAGCUGGAAGCCCAUGCAUGAAAGGACAGAGAGCAUUCCUAUUUCAGGCUGUGUCAGGCACGGUUCUCAGGUGCUUGGCAAGGAUGUGUUUCCAGGUGGGGCAGAACACACAGCUAAGGGGAGAGCUGCAGGCUCUCUGGGAAGACCGGUUACCUCAUAGCUUUCUGGGAUCCGACAGGCAGCAACGGUCUGCAGAGGAGCCUUGCUGAAAGCAGGGCUGCAGAUGGGGAAAACAGGAAAAAGCUGCUCCAUUCCCAGUCCACAGUUUUUUCUUAGCACUCUUCCGUGGCAGAACGUGUGAAUGUGUCAGAAUGGGAAAAAUUUAUAUACAGCAUAUUCAUUAAAUUUAAUUCAGAUUUGAAUUCAGCCAAAUUGAGUUUCUGUCCCAUCCAUUGCUUUGCACCUGCCACCACUUAUUUUUGAAGGGAACUUUCCCAGCAUCCCGAAGUUCAGAGGCAGCCUGGAGUCCAGGAAACGAUUCUGCUCAAACAACAGCAGAACCUGCCAAGGCCCAGGUGCACUGGGGCUCCCUGCAGAAGCCCUGCUAGUCGCUCUCUCUUCCUCAGGACAAGGAAAGCGGAUUCUUGUGCUGGAUCCACCAGGGGACUGCAGGCAAAGAAACGGGAUCUCUUGUCAAGAAGGAUCUUCCGUACAUGUCAAACUUCACUUGGCACUUCUCAAAAUCACUCUUUUGAAACGGACUUCGGUUAAUAACUUCAGCUUGGAGUGUCUGCAGAAAGGAUCCAACAGAUGAAGAUGCUGGUUUCAGCUGCAUGGUGGUGGCCAUUGUCUUGACUCUUUCCACCCCAUUGUCCUCACCUGAAGAGAUCCUGACUCUUGCAAAUGUACAACAUUUCAUUCCUUUCAGUUUAAGGGAUGGCAGCUCUGUGCUAUGACUUGCAAACAUUCUUCUUCUAGAGGUAUUUUUAAAACAGUUGCUUCCCUAUUUUUCUUUUUUACAACUUGGUUAUAACCCAGCUUUAAAGGCCAAGUUAAUUAUACUUGAAUCCACAGCACUUGCAUAAUAAUUCCCAUGGCCUCUUGACCAUACAAAGCAUUUUUAGAUAGGUCACAAAACAUUUUUUAAAAGUCUCAGGAAAGUCUUUUUAUCUAGGUGUUUGGAUGUAAAGAAAUUGGCUCAGAUGUAUAGCAGGGAAAUAUCUAAUUUGGAGCAUAGAGGAUUUUUUUUAAUUAGCAAAAAUUAAAAAGUUAGCAGUCUUACACUUCUAUUUUGGCUAGACUUUUAAAGCACAUUUCCAACUCUGGGAAAAUCUGUGUUCCAUAUGGAAAAUGUUUACUUUUUCUAUUAAAAAAAUAAGUUACAUUUUGUUUAUUUGAGACAAGGAGGUACCAUUAAUGUAAUUAAAACUGACUACAUCAGUAUACUCUUCAGGUUCAGCCGUUUUGUAUUAAUUCCGUGCAUACAUUGACCUUGAAACCGUUUCCACUCGCUCCUUCUGAUAAAACCACCUGGAUCAGCCCUUUGUAGACUGAAAGCUGUUGGUGCUCCAGCAACUUCAGUGAAAGUCCACUUUGGGAACCGGAUGGAAAUAUAUAGCUAAAUCUGUUUGAAAAGUGCAAAAAAGGCCCCUCGUGGAAGAGCAGCCAGGCUGACUCCCCCCCCCCCCCCCCCACUAUUCAAAUAGUCCAGUUUGCUGCAGCAGGACCGUUUCCCAAGUCUGAAGGGCUGGGAAGAGGGAAGAAUCAGGUGAGUCAGUGCAAAAGGAAUGUAAGCAGUUCCUUCCAAAUGGGAGCACGAUGGGGCGCUUUGAAACAAGUCCCCCUCUCCUCUCCUCCCCUCCCCAUCCCAUCAGACUAGCCCUUUUAAGGCUGUUUCUGAUGGUCCCGUUGGCCUUUUCAUGUUUUGAAGUUUCCAGAAAGCCCUUGUAAUUCCUUUGAUUUUACUGCAAAGGUUCCACCUCGUUCCUCUUGCUUUCUGGUUCCUUCUGGAAAGUACCUCUCAUUCUUCUGCUGUUUAUGGCAUCUUGAUUAUUUUAGUGUCAAACUUGUCCAUUCCUGCUACUGCCUUAAUCUUCCGCAAAUACCAUAACAGCUAAAAUAUGUACACAGCCUAUUAUUUUUCAAACAUACCAGGCUAUUUCAUUUGUUUAAAAUAUUUGGGGGGAUUACUUCUUAGAUACUUAACAGAUUUGUCAACCUGGUGAUUUCCUUUGUAAACAUUUUGCUGUUUUAAUUUUUGUUUUUCCUCCAUUGCCGAAAUACGAUCACAGCUGAAGAGUUCUCUUUUUUCAAUGCCUUUUUUUCAUUUUAAAAAUAUGGCCUUUAAGGAGAAAGCAGCUAGAAAGUGUCAUAUAGCAAAAAAAAAAAAAAAAAAAGAUACUGCAAAAAAUGUGAAACAUGCUACCUCCCAUCAAUAGUGGCUGAACUGUGGAACCCAGGGCCCCUCGAGGGCUGGGCUGGCCCUGCUCCACAGCAGCCUGGUUGCUUUGCCCACUGGCCUCUCUUGCUGAAAGCAUGGGGAGGGAGAGAUGGCCCUCCCCCACCAGUCCUGCCAAGGGAAGCUGCCUGCCAGCCUUUCUCCUUGGCAGGAGUUUCUCCACCUGGUGCCCAAGGACAAGGGGUGCCGCACCAAGAGACGCCAGAUGGUGGAAGCUGCAGACAAACACUGGGAGUUCAGUGCCACCUCUACAUUUACUUCAGAGAGUUUGGCUCCACAGGGAUGAAGUGCUUUUAACAUUUGUGCCAAAAUAUUUAUGGGAGACCUUCCUUCCUUCUUUCCACUGAUACAUAUGUGCAUGAGCGAGGAACCCAAGAUUGAUGCACUUAAUGAAAACAAAGUAAAUAUUUGGAAGACCCUCCUGCCCCAUAACUUAAGAUUCCAAAGGAGAUGAAGAGAUUUAAGGAUGGGGAAAUAUUUGUUUCAAAACGGGUGGAGGUCUUAUCAUUUAGAAAUUAAAAAAUUGAUGGGAGAGUUCCAUUGAGUUAGCCCCCAUUAAACUCUUGUGAUUCAACUAAUGCCAUAACUAGAAUAUAUGAUUUGACUUAAAUUAAGUUUGUUUCUUGAGAAAUAUUUGCAUUUUCUUUAAAAGAAUAUAGGUUUUAUUUCCAAGAACUUGGACCAAUGUUAAUUUUUCUUUUGUAGGAAAUAAAAAAAUGGCCAAUUUGUAUAUUAUGUGUCUAGUUUACAUCUGCAAACAUAUUAGUUUAACCAUGUUUGUAUAUUUCUUUCUAAAAUGUCAGACUUCUAGUUCAUAAACUUGUCAGAGUUUUUGUGUUACCACAUGGUUUCUAUGAUUGUUGAAGAAUAAAUGUUGGGAAAUAUAGAUUUAUUUAUCUAAAAAAACUACUUACUAUUAUCCUAAGUUAUUUUAAUAUUAAAAGUCAGAAUUUCAUUUAACCUUAGAUGUUAUAAUCUGCUUUUUUUCAAUAAAGACAUUUUGUAGUUA